AUGCCCACUUGGCUCGCAGAAUUGGUCAACAAUCAUGCAGGUCAUACUAACGGUGCGGCAACAAUUGAUGAGGAGCAGGGUGGCGAGGUAUUGGGGGCGAGCAUUGCUGCAUCCAUACCCGAACGUGUGGGAAGUCCAAGCUUCGAGCAAGAUUGCUCGAGCCCAAUUUUGGAAUCGCCAAACGGCAAGGAGCUCUUGCUGGUGGAACUUUCAAAGUUGCUGUCAGAGAAGGCCGGCGACCCAACCAGCACGUACGCAGGGUCGAUACCCCACGGCCUGUACGGGACAUACUAUUGCUACCGGACGCAUGGGCCUCGAAGAUGCUUCUUUGGCCAUAUGCACACGGGAAGCAACAACUUCAACCUGCUCAAGAGAGGACGCAUCGUGUUCUAUCGCUGUCAUGGCAACGAAUGCUCCCACAAGCCGGCCAAAAAGCUGGGAGUUUUGAACGAUCUCAAGACCGCAUUGCAAGAUGCUACCACACGGCCCGUGGAUCCGCACGACGAUAUGCAAGUUGUUACUCAAUACACGAGUGGCACGCAAGAGGUCCAAGAGUUGCUGCUCAAGAUUGUGGUUGAGCACGCCGCUCCUGAAGCGUAUGCCAAUCUGGGGAGCCUCUUUGCCUACAUGUAUAUGAUCGAAGGCCGAAUCUUUGUCACUACCAACGAGGCGGAGAAGAGUCGAGACCAGCUCUUCUUUGCGUGGAAUGGCUCCUCUUGGAUACAAGACAACUCGAACCUUGUCACAAGCGUGUUCACAAGUCAGAUGGGUUGUUUGCUCAAAUGGUACGAGAAGAAGCGCGAAAGAGCACUGGGCUCUUUGUACUCAAAGCAUCCCGAUUUGCAGGAUUUUGUGGUGGGUGGCGUUCUGAAGCCUCUCAAUCCAGACGAGCUUACCUCGAAGCAGCUGAGAAAGAUCAAGCACACUAUGGAAGCGUGCGUGAAGGAACGAAACGAAAGUAUGCCCAGCUUUGGCAAGAUCAAUGUGCAGGAUAUCACUGACGUUCGCAAGUGCCUGCACUCAGUGAUCAGGAAACUUCACAGCUACGUGCCGCAAUACAAGCUCUGUUUGUUUACAAAUUACAUGCCACACUUUCCCGGGGACGAUACCGCCCUUCUCCGUCGAAUGGUGCUCAUCAGCUUCAACUACGUAUUCAAGAGUCCUGACGAGCUUGACAAGACGAACAAGUGGCACAAGCCCAUUGAUGUGGGCCUCAAGUACUACUCUGAAUCAGACGAGGGUGCAGCGGACACACUCGAAUUCUGCGUUCAAGGAGCAAUGAUGUAUUAUGCUAGAAAGAGGCUUGCACCGACCUCGAAGGUUCUCUCACCCGUUUCGGAAGCAUUCAGCGCCGCAGCAAAGGAGUAUGCGGGUGAGAACGACAAGCUUCAAGCUUUUAUUGACGACCACUGCGUCACAGAGGGAGAGCCGGAUUUGAAAGUCGCAAAGGCCGAUUUCGUCGAGGCUUUCAAGAACUUUUUGUUUGCAGGUGGACACGACGUUGGCUUGGCUGGAGAUGGGCUCACACGAGCACUGCGGGUAAAGGGGUUCUUGCAAACACGCCCCGGCGGUGGGAACGCUCCCAUGAUUUCAACGCUUGAUAAAAAGUCGCAGGGAAGAGGUUACUUUGGAAUCCGAUUGAAGACAGAGGGCGAACUUAAUGCCGAUCCAGGAAAAGCCAAACAAUCGGCCGAUCCCGAGAAGGAAUAA